UGCGCAGGCGCAGAAGGCCCGGCAACCGACUCCUGGAGCCUCCGUUCCUUCCGCUUUCCCGGCUGGCCCCGCGCAGCGCCUGCGUGCUCAGUGACCUUUCCCAAGCUUGUGGAAAUCUGGUGUGGCCUGUGGCCUUGGUCCCGCUGAGAUGCUUCAAAGCCUUAUUAAGAAUGUCUGGGUCCCCAUGAAACCCUACUAUACCCAAGUUUACCAGGAAAUUUGGGUAGGAAUGGGAUUGAUGACCUUCAUCCUUUAUAAAAUCAGGAGUGCUGAUAAAAGAAGCAAAGCUUUGAAAGGCUCCAGUCCUGCACCUGCCCAUGGUCAUCACUAACUGCUCCCUGAGUCCACUCAAGAUGAAUCCUGUCGGCUAAACUUAAGCAAGCUGUGUUAGAUGGGAACAUGGAACAUCGCUGUACACUUCCCUGAGUACCAUUUACAAUGUGGUAUUAAUAAAUGUGUCUGAGCAGCA